GGACCGGAAGCUGCGUACGUAAAUACCCAGGGACUCUGUACCAGUACCACGAAUCUCGCAUAAAAUCUGGUAAGGCGCUCGCAUGAUGACCGAGUUCAGGAGAAAAUGAACAGUGCGAGACUCCUUCGAGCCUUCCUGCUCGACUCAGAUCUCAGAACGCGCUCCGUGGGAAGCGACAACGCCAGCCAUCCAUCUCUUCCUUUACCCACCAGUAAUAAUUCCAGGACCACCAGUCGAAAACGGAGAGUUUUACUGGUGCAUAAUAUAGUCAAGAUUUGCAGGAGGAACUUUUCAGAUAAAGUGGCAGCAUUGAAUCAACAGUCGCCCGUUCCACGUUCAACCAUGCUAGGCCUUAAUGAGGCAAAUCUGAUUGUUGUCGCGAAGUAGUGGGGCAAAGUAAGGGCAACGCAACCUUUUACUAGAUGCUCUACAUGGAUUUCUGAAUUUGGAACGAAUAUCAGUGCCUAUUAUUAUCUCUAGCAGCUCAAUGAUUUUGUCCAUACCCAGCAAUACGUCUGGUUCCCUUGAUCAAUACGGAUCGCUAGAGAAUCAUCUCGGCCAGCUUCCUUCUCACGGACAAAGGACUUGAGGACGAUCUCGUGCUUAUCCAACGCUAUUUUGGUCGUCGCAUUCCCUCCAUAUGCUCACAACGCCUCUAUGUCUGCUCGCAAACACUGCCUCCGAAAAGCCAAAUGCUCUCGCCUUCAAAGUGCCCAUAAUCGAUCCCGAAACAGAUCAAAUAGCGGACUGGAAGUCAAUUACGUAUUCCGAGUUUGCGUCGGAUGUGCUACGGCUCGCUGCAGAAUGGUUGAGAGUUCUGCUGAGAGAUGGAAUACCUCAGGGAUCGGUGAUAGCGAUUUGUCUGGGAGGAUACGAAUAUCUCGAUGCAGUCCAUGUGUACAGCAUUCAAAGGGCCGGAUAUGUUCCCCACAGCUUCAGCCGACUACCUGCCAUCGAGGUAGUUAAAGAUCUACUGAAAGAGUCAGAUACCAGGGCACUCGUUCGUGCUACCGAAUUCAAAGAGAUCUUGACGAGCAUCCAGGAUAUCCCGGUAUAUGACGCAGUGACAUCUCUGGACUUUGGAGAUGUUGGAUCAUCACUGAAACUGCCUCCGUUACAGAGGCCGACAAAUCCCAAUGACCUGAGUAUCAUCGCCCACACAAGUGGGUCGACAUCAGGCAGACCGAAGCUAGUUCGGGCUACUCGCCGUUGGGUAAGCGGCAUGGUCCAGAAGGCGGACGCUUCCAUACCGCCAGGCCCAGCUAUUGUCAACUGGAUGGGUAAUAUCUGCCACUCAGCUCAGUAUGUGACAUCAGUCAAUCAGAUCCUUCAUGGAAGAUGUACUGUUCAAUCGCGAAAACCAGGCGACCUUGAUGAGAUUAUUGACCAACUCAAAAGAGCCUCCCUAACCAGACUCUACCUCUUUUCCCCCUUCUUCGUCAAAUUAUUACAGAGAGCAAGGUCUGACCCAGACCUUUUGGCUCUACUUUCGGAGUUAGGAUGCAUCCUUAUUAUGGGUGCUAUCUUUCCCAAGUCAGAAGCGGCCUAUGUGGUUCAGAACAAUAUCAACCUAGUGGAACUGUUUGGAUCGACCGAGACCAGCGCUAACCUCGUGACCAGAGGGACCCGAAACGAUCCCACAGGAGUAUUCCAGCUCAUUGAUCUUCCUGGCAUGUCGUACCAAUUCGACCCGAUCUCGCCAGAGGCGAGGGGUCAACCACAGCUACUUGAGCUAGUUGUUCGAUCGGACUCGAUGGACUGUCCAGGACCUGAAUUUCGUCGUGCGGAUGAUGGUCAUUUCCAUACCGGUGAUGUAUGGGAAAAGGUUGAGACAGGUUAUCUCUACCGCGGAAGGGAUGAUGACUGGAUCAAGACCGAGUCCGCUCUGAGAUGCGAUACAAAAGCUAUCGAGCACCAUGUGAGGCUCACGUGUGGCGAUUUGAUAUCCGAAUGUGUUGUUGUAGGAUACGGACGGCCGUCCCCUGCGCUCUUUGUCGAACCCAGCCCUCAAAUGCUAGAUGUUUUAGAAGCUGAUCUCAAACGUCUCGUUCUCAAGCAGAUCGAGUCGUUCAACUCUCAGCAGAUGGCCCACGAACGAAUAGUGUCAGUCAACCUGAUCAUGGUUGUCCCGCCGAAUGCCCUACCGAGGACGGAAACUAAGGGUAAUAUUCGUAGGAAAGCCGUUGAGGAUAUGUUCAAGACAGAACUGGACUUGGCUUAUAGUGGGUUAUAAAAGCCUAAAUCCGGAGGACGUAAAUUUGUAUCAGCUGUACUAUCAUUUCCAACAAGUCAAUAAUGAUCUCUAC